UUUUCCUUUUACGGCUUCCGUAGCAGGUUCCAUCCUCUUGUCUCCUUUUCCUUAUAGUGACAACAUGGAUCCUCGCAACAACUUUAUUGCGGUGAUUAGGAGUUAAUUUCGUUUUGUCUGGGAGUUAAAGGCUUUUCUCCGGGUGCCUCCCCCCCUCGGGACACCAUGUUUACCACAACCGGCUCUCGGGGCCUGUACAAGGCUCCUCUGUGUAAAGGCCUCCUGUUGGUUCUCAAUGGGCUGACUGUCAUGCUGACCCUACUGCCACAGUACCAGGACAUGUUCGUGUACAGCCUGCAGGCUGUUAUAUCGCAACACCAGGUUUGGAGGUUGUUGUGCGGCAGGCUGGUCUGUCUGGAUGUAAAGGACUCCUUCUGCAGCAGUCUGCUGAUUUACAACUUUCGAAUCUUUGAGAGGAGGUUUGGCACCAGGAAGUUUGCUUCAUUCCUGCUGGGUACUUGGUUUCUCUCUGCACUGGUGGACUUCUUUCUGGUCCAGGUCUUCCAGUACCUAUUUAAAUAUGAAGUGGAGGAACUGCCAGCAGGACUGCUCGCUCCAGUCUUCUCUCUGUUUGUGCCUUUUUACCAGUCAAUCCCCAGAAUGCCAGUCACUCAGGUCCUGGUCCACAUCCACAUCACCAACAAGACUCUGGUUUACAUAGUAGGCCUGCAGCUGUUGACUUCCAGCCCCUUCAUGUGGCUUCUUGCACUCAGUGGACUGAUCUCGGGAGGAUUGUACCACUCCAAUGUACUGUGGUUACAGAAGAUCCUCUUUGUCCCCGCCUGGGCGUCUGGUGUUGUGAAGUAUAUUCUGGAGCCUCUCUUCUCCAGUUCCCAGCCAAACGAUGAGACUCCUCUGGGGAUGGGGGCGACUCUGGACAUCCAGAGGCAGCAGAGGAUGGACCUGCUGGACCAGCAGCUGCUUCUGGCCCAGUACAACGAAGCCCGGAGGAACGCCAGACACCAGCCACAGGCUGGGUUGUUGCAGUGGACCAGGCUGUUCCCCUCUCUGAGACACAGAGGACAGAACAGGCCUCCAGUGCAACCCCACCCUCAGGCUCAGACGCAGCAGUCCACACAGCCACCGCUGCUGGAUAACUCUCAUGUUGCAGAGGAACAGGUGGCACGGUUAGUGGAAAUGGGUUUUUCCAGAACUGAUGCCCUCGAGGCCCUCCGAGCUUCAAAUAACGACAUUAAUAUGGCAACUAACUUCCUCCUCCAGCACUGAGGUGAAAGAUCUGGGGGCAAAACAAAAAAGAUGAAGACAGAAAAUGAAAGCAGUACAGCAAAAUAAAAGGAAAACAGAAUAAAACUGUUGCACAGAACCAAAGAGUGGGAAUGCUGGAGAAUUGGAUAGAAGUCAAAAGAAUAUUUUAGAGAUAAAUUGCAGGCAGAUCUUCAGCUCCCUGAAGCAGGGUGGAGCAAAGGUUACCUGAACCGAGACUGAUUGUUGGUUCAUAGAGAAGUGUGAAGCACAAGGUGAAAAAUGUUUGCGAUAUUGCUCUCUUAAAGUCUUUAUAGUGCAAAACUGAGGGCUGUAACACAAGGCAGAUACAUCUGAGCUCUAACUCCAAUGAGUAGUCUGUCAACAAAAUUACACAUGAAAAAGAUUUCAGCUUUCUAUAAACGUGUCUAGAAAAUACCAUCCUUCAGUCCAGUACAGUGAUUUCUCUCUUAAACUGGCACUGAGUAUUACGGCUCACCUGAAGCAGACCUUUCACAUGGACGCCAUGUGUGCAACGCUGUUUUAUUUAUGUCACAUCGUACCCCUUUCAAAAUGGCUACUAUCACAGUUAAAAUUUAGAUAGUAAUUGGAAAUUCUGAAAAUACUACUAUUUUAAAAACAGUGAAUCAGAAUCAUGAGACUUUUGUCCUUCACCUUCAUGCUGUAAUUGCUAAACUGGCACCUCUGGCCGAAGUUUAAAUGGAUCUGAAGGAUCUGGGCAUUAUGACCCAUUUCACCCUGAUAUUACCCCACAGAUCUUCGUUGGCAGGGGUUCAUAGGUGUUGCAGAGCCAACCUUUUUCUGAUUUAGAAGUUAGAAGCAGUUAGCCUGACUGACCGUUAAUGAGCCACACUUCUUUGGAGCUGACUGGUUUGGCUCAUUUAAACUCUGCUGUUGUGAUGCUGGUUAGACAGGUUUUCUUGGGGUCUGUGAGGCGACCUCUUGUGUCCGUAACAUCGUAUUGAGUAGCGCACACACAAAUGCAGAGGAGCCCGUUCAGCUUUAAUUAUUUUGUCUUAACGCGAGUUUUUCCUCUGGCACUCCGGUUUGAAUCAGUCUUGCAGGUAUUUAUUAUGCAAUACCAUGACAAGAAAUUUAUGGAAACUUUGCACUGCAAGUACUUGCUCUGUGUUUUUGAACAUAGUUGCAAAACAAGUUAUAUUGCAGCCACUGUGUAUUGAUGUCAAAGAGAUGCUAAUUUUAUAUUUUGUGCGUAAUGUUGAUUAUAUAUGACCACUGACCUGAAUCAUUGUUGUGUAUGUAAUUUUAAGAGCGAUACUGUAAUAAAUGACAAUGAUGAGGUAGUAGUUGCAUGGACAACGUUCUGUUGUACUGUAAUGACUCAAAACUGAUCUGUGAAAUAAAAAAAAAGAUAAUGA